UGGACUCUCAGACACACACACCGCAGGAAAAGAGCAGCAGACGCUUGCGAGAAAAAGACUUUCUUCCAUUGCGCGCGCGAUUACUUUCCGGAGGUCUGAACUUCUGCACAUUAAAGAUGGGAAUAUAACAGCUCCUAUUUGAACAAAACACGACAACGAAUGGGUCUCAGUGAAGAAACUCUGCGGUUCGUGAUAACUGAUGGCAGAUGUGUGCCACCGACAUGACAGUACAGGGUGAGGACUGACGGGUAAACCCAGUCGACCCGCUCGCCAAACACCCAUCUGUGACCCGUCUGACCUGUACGAUCCGGAAGAUCCUGUCCAAAUCAUCUCGCAAUGAUCAACCAACACAUUUUCCUGCAUUACAACUACACGGGGAAACUAGACAAUCGCAAUGAGACCGAAGGCGCCCCAUUGGACCCCAAAACGGCGGUGUUUUUGGUCAUUUGCAGCCUCAUCAUCCUGGAGAACCUCAUAGUGCUGGUGGCCAUCUGGCAAAACCACAAGUUUCAUAACCGGAUGUACUUCUUUAUUGCCAACCUGGCUUUGUGCGACCUGUUAGCCGGCGUGACUUAUAUAGUCAACCUGCUGAUGUCAGGCCAGUGGACGCUACACUUGUCCCUAACCGAGUGGUUUGUUCGAGAAGGGAGUAUGUUUGUCGCAUUAAGCGCGUCUAUUUUCAGCUUACUUGCGAUUGCGAUCGAACGCCACCUUACUAUGAUCAAAAUGAGGCCUUAUGACGCAAGCAAAAAAUACCGGGUGUUUCUGCUCAUUGGAAUGUGCUGGCUGAUCGCGAUCACACUGGGAGCGCUGCCUAUUUUAGGCUGGAACUGUUUAGAUGAUCUUCCUCAGUGCUCGACCAUCUUACCUCUUUACAGCAAGAGCUACGUCGCAUUCUGCAUCACCAUCUUCAUCUCGCUCCUGCUGGCCAUCUCCGUCCUCUACGCCCGCAUUUACAUCCUGGUCAAGAGCAGCAGCCGCAAAGUCACCAAGCACAGCAACUGCGAGCACUCCAUGGCCCUCCUGCGCACCGUCAGCAUCGUGGUGGGCGUCUUCAUCGCCUGCUGGACGCCCAUCUUCAUGCUGCUCCUCGUCGAUGUGGCCUGCGAGACCAAAAAGUGCCCGUUUCUGCUCAACGCUGAUUGGUUCAUCGUGUUGGCCGUCUUGAAUUCGGCCAUGAAUCCCGUCAUCUACACGUUGGCCAGCAGGGAAAUGCGCCGGGCGUUUUACAGGCUCAUGUGUGGGUGUUUGGUGCGAGACGGUUCGGUGGGGUGCAAGCAGAACACAGCGGAGCCCAGCCGGAGCAAAUCCAGCUCCAACUGCCCUCGAGCGGCCGAACAGGAAAACCCAGACGCCAAUGCGCAGAAUCAAGCUAACACUAGCUGAAGCACUCAGUGUGUUCGCUCAAAAGUAAACUAUAGCAUUAGUGCAUGCUAUAGAAUUUUAGUGUGCAAUUUUUAAGUGCACUA